AUGCGGAUAUCCACCAGGCUACUCGCCUCGCACACACCCAAGCUUCCCCUCAUCCUCCCUCUCGGACCACCAGAAGCUCCUGGCGCUCCUCCAAUUCCCCCAUCGACCCCUACUCCCACUCCCACUCCCCGACCCGCUGCCGCCUCCACAUCCUCCAAACCCUCUGCUCCCCCACCUCCCCCAUCCACCCUCCCCCGCCCUCGACCUGACUACGCCCGCAUCCUCCAGAACCCCUCUCAAACCACCUCGAACCACUUCACCCGCCGUUCCGGCCUUUCACCGGAACACGUCGCCCAUAUCUCGAGACUGCGCGACACCCAGCUUCUCCUCUUGCGCAAGCUCGAAUCGGUCCGAUCGAAGCAGAAUGAGAUAUCCAGUCUCAUCAAGAAUAAGCUGGGGGAUACGCCUGAGCUCGUGCGCCAGGCGAAAAAGCUCAAGGUGAGGGUGGGGGACUAUGAGCGGAAUCUAGGGGGAACGGAGGAGGAGCUCCUCGAGAUGAGUCUGGCGCUCCCCAACUUUUCACAUCCCUCCACGCCUAUCGGAGCGGAGGACCAGGCGGUCGAGCUGGAUCGAUUCGGACCUACGCCCAUACCUGCCAAUACGGACAGAGAUCACCUGCGUAUAUGUACGCACUAUGACCUCCUCGAUCCAGAGGCGUCCGCCACCGCCACAGGUUCCAGCUGGCCCUACCUGCGCGGAGCGGCAGCAUUGCUCGAGAUGGCGCUCAUCCACUAUUCGGUCUCCAUCGCUGUCAAGCACGGGUACACGCCCGUCAUUCCCCCAGACGUCGUCAAGGCGGAUCUAGCCAGUCGGUGCGGGUUCGCCCCGCGCGAUUCUGGCGGCGCACAGCAGACGUACGCGCUCGCGGAUUCGGCGGAACAGCAUGUCCUGGCGGGGACGGCGGAAGUGCCCCUCUCGGCGCUGUUUGCGAAUCGAGUGCUCAGUCCGGGGCAGCUACCGGCGAAGGUGGUGGGUGUGGGCCAUGCGUUUAGGGCGGAAGCGGGUGCGAGGGGUGCAGAGACGAGGGGGCUGUAUAGGGUGCAUCAGUUUACCAAGGUGGAGCUGUUCUGCGUGACGGCGAGCGGAGUGAGCGAUGGCGGGUCAGGAAAGGGCGGGGACGGAGAGGCGAUGAUGGAGAGUAUGAAGGAGGUGCAGAAGGAGAUCGCCGAGGGAUUAGGGCUGAGCGUGAGGUUGUUGGAGAUGCCGACGGAGGAAUUGGGUGCUUCGGCAGCUAGAAAGUGGGAUAUGGAGGCGUGGAUGCCAGGCAGGGGGAGAUGGGGCGAGAUAUCCUCAUUGUCAAAUUGCACAGACUAUCAAUCUCGCCGCCUCCAUAUCCGCCAUCGACCCCUCCCCUCCUCUUCCCCUCCACCGGGCCACGACAGCCCAGGCGGCAAUGACCCGCUUCCCUUUGCGCACACGCUGAAUGGGACAGCGGCGGCUAUUCCCCGACUGAUCAUUGCGAUCCUGGAGAAUGGGGUCAAGCUGGGCGAGAAGGGAGAAGUGGAGGGGCUGGAGUUGCCGGGUGUGUUGAGGCGGUUUUGGGUCGGUGGGGAUACAGUUGGAGAGGGCGGGAAGCGGGCCCAGAUCACGUGGAAGGAGUAG